UGAUUUUUCUGUUCCACAAAUAAACUGUUCACCAUGUGGUCAAGGCAGGGAACCGAGUCCAGCUUGCCGCUGUGUGUAUCCAAUUACAGGAAAACUCAUCUUCAGGUCUCCUUCCUUCUCAGGUUUUUCCAAUAACACCAACUUCAUAAUGCUCCAUCAGGGGAUAGCAGAUUUCUUUAGGGACCCCAGUUAUCAAGUGGACUCCGUGGCCAUCAGAAACUUUAGAGAGACUGCAACUGGUCAUCAGCUUCUAGUAGACCUCUUGUUAUUUCCAUUGGACAAGGAGAGCUUUAAUCAGACAGAAAUGAAUAGUGCUAUUUCUGCGUUUAGCACUCAUACAUAUGACCCUCCUGAAAUAUUUGGGCCUUACAUUUUCAGAGCUGAUCAGUACCGUCCGUUUUCUGGAGGUUCCAUUUCAACAAACACGGGCAUUGUCAUCGGAGCAGUAGUUGGUGCCGUGGUUCUUGUAAUGUUGUUAACCAUAGCUGGGAUUUACGGUCUUAGGCAGAAGAAGAGAGCAGAGAAAGCCACUGGUCAAAAUAAUCCUUUUGCCAAAUGGAAUCAGAGUACAAGCAGUGUCGAUGCUCCGCAGCUAACGGGAGCAAAAGCAUUUACUUUUGAAGAGUUGAGGAAAUGCACGGACAACUUCUCAGAGGCAAAUGAUGUUGGAGGUGGAGGUUAUGGCAAG